CGCGAGGAGCCGCCGCCGCCACCGCCACCCCAGCGCGCGGCGCCGCAGCAGGUCGCGCCGGCGUGGCGCGGCUUGCCUUUUGGCAGCGGCGGCGGGCACGACGACGCGUUCCUUGCGUCGGCGCAGCGGCUGGAGGCGCAGGUGCGGGAGCUGGCGCACCAGCAGCAGAGCCUGCGGAGCGCCCUGGAGCAGGUGAGGAUGGAGGCCUCGAGCUCGAGCCACUUCCUCGAGACCGUGCGCAGCCAGACGGGGUCCGCCGUGCACCAGUCGGCGCAGCCUCAUCUGGCCCCGAGCCUGGGUUCGCCAGAACCCGGGGCGGCGCCCCAGGAGGAGCCAGGCCGCGCCUCACACCUCGGAGCACCGGCGCCGCGCGGCUCGCAGGGCGCCCAGAGGGAACGUUGGUUGCCCGCCGAGGCGAGUGGCCCUGCGCCCGCGCUGGGGCCCGCCCCGCGCGCCCGCGGCGCUGCGGGCGAGGGGGCGCCCACGGGGCCAGCGGCGCCGCUGCACGCGCACGCGCACUUCUCGCAGCAGGAGCCCUCCGCGAGAUCCCUCUCCGCGGCCGAGCUGGCCGGCCCCCCGGCGCCCCCCGCCAACCUCGGCUUCGGCAGAAACGAGGCGACCCUUGCGCGGUGGAGGAGCCAGCUCACCGGCACGGUCUCCUCGGCCACCACGACGCUGCGGCGGCACAAGAGGCUCAGCUGUGCCUGAGCGCGCCAUCGGCCGCGCCCCGCGCUUCGCCAGCCCAGCCAGCUGCUGAUGAUCUGCGCGUGCGACACACGGUCAGGACUGUUGGCCUGGCCUGGAGGAGGGCUGGUGGGAUUCUUCUGGAAUUCUUAUCCCACGCACCCACUGCAACCCCAGGUUCGUGGCGACCUCUCCGCUCCGACGCAGGGAACAUGCGGCGGAGCAGCGCGGGCGUCCGUGGGCGGGAAGGGGGGCGGCGCGUCGCGCUCCGGCCCCGACCGUGGGUGAGCCUCGGCGCGUCGUGGCCUCAAUGCAAAAACAUCAC